AUGUCGUUUGCAGCACAGCCGCACACCUCUCAUUCGCGGAGCAGCUUUUCCGCACCUCGAUCCGAUGCCCAGACAAGAGAGCGUUGGGGGUCGAGACCAUGGAAACACAGGGAGACGAUGGGUAUGAUAUCCACCGAGAUUGACUUUAGGGUAGAUGAAGAAUCACUUCCACUGGAUGUAUUAUGGGAAGAUCCACUCUUGUCAAUUCCAUCUCCAGGGCUAGAAUGGGAGACCGCUUUGGAGGGCUUUAUGGAUACACGCCGCGCGAUAGAAGACUUCGACUACAAAGCCAUUGAAUCAAGCGCGAAUACUAUGAAUUCCGUCUUGAGGGGAUAUGCGAAUUGCAGGAAAUGUGCAGAAUAUUUCUAUUACUUGCGAGGCAACUCGUUCUUUUCUGCGCGUCGAGUAUUCGCAAUUUUGUUCAUUUAUCCGGCAGAUAAUACUGAGUUUUUCUGGGAUUUUGAUACUAUCGACGAUCCAGUUGAAUGCAAGAUCUGGAAGAGAUUGGUAGAGCCAAACCCGGGAAGCUAUCAAAGGCAACAACAGGCGCCGCAGGAGAAACGACCGCACCCCAAGCCACGUCACAGAAACAAGGUGGAAAAGGAGCCUUUCAGAGCUGCAAAGGUUCUGAUGAGGGAUGAUACUAUACUGGAGAUUGUCGAUAAGCUCGAGCAAACCUUGUCUUCGCUCCAAAUCGACACCAAGGUGGAGUGGCGUAUGGCUCACCGCCGAUCAUCACUCAAGAACUGGAGACGCGCAGCCGGAAAGAGCAAAUCCUGGAAGCCAUGUUUGAAAAGUACAGUGCCAAAACAGACUCAUCUCAACAGGAGAAGACAAAACUCGAACGGUGUUGCGUAUCAUUCUGCAAAGCCUCCACCAUGGCUACCAGCUACAUUCCUGCGUUCCCAGACAAUAGAAAUGUCUUUAUGUCCAGGUUAUGUGCUACGACGUCAAGAGACAGAUUCAGUACCGAGGCGAGCAAGAUGCCAUGAUCACUAUACCCACGACUUUGAGGAUACGCCUAUUGCUCCACAUGGAAAACACCAUACAAAAGCAGCUCAGAGUGUCAAUACCUGGGAAUCUAAAUCGGGGAUUAUUGAGGACAUGAACAAAGAGCCAGCUGGUGCAUUCAUACGGUUCACAUGGAAAGAUGGAACCUUAACCAACGGAACCGGACAACUCGAUCGGUUCUUAUCAACCGACUCAAUACCACACAGCCAUUGGAAUAUCACUGGUUUUCUCCGGAAUGAAAGCUUUGCAGAUGUCUACUCGCUAAGUGAACCUCCCUUCGGUCUUCCAUCAGUAGAAAUCGGGGUAUCACUGGAGGCACACGUAUUCCUGGACGAAUAUCAUGGGAAUUGCGCCGUCUACGCCAGUCGCUCGAAGAACCGCAUGCGACAAAGCGGAAAUUGUCUCGACACUUUCUGGCACAACGGCAGGCAUAUAUUUGUCAUGAAGAUACCAAAGAAGCCUGUUCUGUUCAAACUCCACAACACAGAAGAAGAGUUUCCUUCUCUUGUCAAUCAAGACAAGUGCAAUGAGAAGAUAGCUCUGCAGCGUCGCCGUUUCCGUGGCAGACCUAGUUUUGCAGCGAUGGCUGGAAGUGGAUGGCCAGAUGCAAGUUCAGAGUGUCAAUCGGUGCUGAUGAAUGAAGGCCAAUCCGCGCUGGAGAAGGAGUUGGAAAGGAUUGAAAAGGCGCGGGUGAAGAAAGCGGAGAGGCAGAGAGUGAAACGGAGAUCGCAAAGGGAGAAAAGGCUUGGGGAGAAGCAAUGA